GAUUCGUGUUCUAGCCUGAGCCAGUAUCAAAGGCUAGCCGUCAUGCAAUAUGGCCAUCGUUAUCUCUCUUUUUAUUCCCGCCAAUACCUACGAUGUAUGAAUGUGUGCAUCAACCCUUCAAAGGGCUCUACCUGUGCUACCAGCUCAUUAGCACGAUAUUCAUCAGGGUGCCCAUAUGGUCAUUGUGGUACUUGCUGCCUUCUAACCGCCCAAGAUCAACUUGGUCCUGGGGGCAUGCAAUGAUCCUGGGAUUAGCCCGCCACGUUGUGUACAUCUCAUCGUUUACCGGUAAUAUCCUCCCGCAGCCAGACCAUCGCGCACUUGCACCGACCAAAGAAGCCGAAGGUGUCUGGGUCGAUGGAGUGCCUUCUGAACUCAUCCUUGAUGAGCUGAAGCUGUUAGCUUCCAUCUCGGAAGUUGCACCAGAACGCAUUCCGGGGUAUUGGUACGGUCGGUCAGGAACUCCGCCGAAGCCGACCCACGCUCCUCAGCUUGGAGAGAAAGUUUUCUUCUUCUUUCAUGCGGGGGGCUUCACCCACGUUUCUGCACACCCGGACUAUUCUGCCAGCAUUAUGCAAAGUCUUGUAGAACUUGAUAGAUCAGUUCCGCGUGCCUUUGCUCUGGAAUACCGUCUGUCUUCCACACAUCCUUCCCCUGAGCAUUUCCCAUUUCCAGCUGCUCUCCUCGAUUGCCUUUCUGGGUACUACUACCUUGUGAAGGAGAUCGGGUACGAGCCUUCCGAUAUCAUCUUGGUAGGAGCAUCGGCGGGGGGAAAUUUGGCAUUGGCUCUUUGUCGCUAUCUUGUUGAGCACAAGAACUUGCCCAGAACAGAAUUUCCGGCCCCCCCGGGCAAUCUACUACUCCUAUCACCUUGGGCGGAUAUUGGCAACUCGCACGACUGGCCGGGCUCCUCCAGCCUUGCGUUCGAUAUGGACUUUCUCGGAGAUCUAAACAGUAGAAGUAUGCUCUAUUCCAAACAGGCUCUUCUCGGCCCCUAUGGGUUUGGAUUCGCGACGCUGAACCGCUACGUUUCCCCUGCAUCUCUGCAUCCUUCAGUACACGCUCAUUUCCGGGGCUUUCCGCGCACAUUCAUCGCCGUCGGCACUGCUGAACGGUUCCUUGAUCAAAUUCGAACACUAAGAAAGAAGAUGGACGAGGAGAUGGGCGAGGGAGAAGUGACGUUUUUCGAGGCACGAGAUGCUGUCCAUGAUUAUCUUCUUUUUAAAUGGCAUCCGCACCGCCCAGGUACCUUGAAAGCAAUUACAAUGUGGUUAUCAGAAUCACCGUAGUUCGAAGAGUAGCCUUCCUCCUUCCGCAUA